ACAUUUUGGUAUACUAUGUGGAUGGUAAUAAAUACAUCUUUUGAUCAUUGAUGAACGAGACGAUGAGUCGGAUUACCUGGAAGAGUUUUUAUACCCAGUUGAAAUGGUUCAUUUAUAAAAUUCUUUUUAAAUAAGUAUCUAUCUACUGAAUCUAUGAAAAUUAAAAGAAUUAAACUUUUAUUGGAUAAAUGAACAUAAAAUUUAACUAGACAGAGUAUUAACUAUCUUAUUUUUUCUUAUUUUGAUGAUCUCAUAUGAUAUUUUUAAUAAUAUUUGUGGUUUACGUUCUAAAAAGAUUACGUCAUUAAUAAAGCCAAGAAAAUAUUUUUUAUUACCAUGUUAUUUUACUUCAUGUAGGUAUAAUGAAAAAGCAUACAGCUUUGAAAUUUGAAAUAGAUAAUAUUGUUCAUAUCGAGAUAAUCCGUGUAAAAUAUAAAAAUAAUAUUAUUGACUUAAAAAUUGCAUUUGUGUUUUGUCGAGUUCAACUAGAAUAAUGUUCUACAAAAUAAUUUUAUUUUUUUCGUCCAUCUCUUUAUCAGUCUAUUUUAUUUUUGCUGAUGACUUUGAUUAUUGUAUACAACAAGCACUAAGUUCAUGGAAAACAACUGUAGGAGACGAUUAUAUAAAAUAUUUUGGUUACAUUUACGGUGAAGUUUCUGAAAGAGAUGUUAAGAUAGUGAGAAAUCAACAUGUAUCAUAUAUAAAUGUGUGUAGAUCGUGGCAUCAUGGAGCUCCAUUAAUUGUAAAUGAAUUGCUAAACGAGUAUGCUCAAGCAUGGGCUAAUCAUAUAGCCAUACAUGAAGAUUUUAAACAUGGUCCUAAUGGAAAUGCAUUUGGAGAGAAUCUAGCAGCUGAAUAUAACUGUGAUUUAUAUACUGCUGGAUUUGAAGCAGCGCUUAGAUACUACACAGAAUUUGAAGAAACAGAUGAGUUUUUUAAUUUCCAUGGAGAAGAAUCAGACAUGAUGAAAGAUUGGAAAAUAAAUGGUCAUGCAACGACAAUGAUUUGGCACAACAACAAAGAAAUUGGCGUUGGUGUUGCAUUGGCAAAUAAGAUUAAAUGGAGAGAAACAAUGUUAUAAGAACCCAUGUUAAUAAUAACAUCUGUAUAUUGGCCUAUGCCAUGUUUAAUUGGAAAAUACAAAGAAAAUAUUAAACCUAGAGAUGAAGCACUUAUGCGGAUGAAUACUAGCAAUGAUGCAUAUUUAAAUAAAUUAUUAUGAAGGGAUUUGAAAAUGUUUAAAAAUAUUAAGACCAACGUGGGAAGAGGUGUAUAUCAAGGGACCAUGCUCUUUCCCUCGGUAUUUAAAUAAUUACUUGUUUAGGUUAUAUUAUUUUUUUUUUUAUUAAAGGAUGGUACAAAUAUUUUCCUAAAGAUACUUUCCAUUAAGAAAAAAUUGAAUGAAUAAUUUAUUCAUGUAAUAUUUAUAAUAAAAAUUACUCAAAUAAGAAUAAAAUCACGAUUGUAUCAUUAUG